AUGUCUUUAGCAUCAGCUAUACAAGAAUGUAUCUAUCUGUACCAGUAUGCACAAACAAAGGUGUACGAGGACAACCAAGGUUUGUCUCACCUGGUGGGAUCCUCUCUCCUGAGAGCCUACAUGCACGGCUACUUCAUGGACAUCAGGCUUUAUCACAAGGUGAAAACCAUGGCAAAUCCUUUCGCAUACGACGAGUAUCGCAAGGAUAAGAUCCGCCAGAAGAUCGAGGAGUCCAGGACGCAGAGAGUGCAGGUUAAGAAGUUACCCAAGGUGAACAAGGAGCUGGCUCUCAAGCUGAUGGAGGAGGGUGAUGACGAAGCAGAGCUGACUAAUAGGAAAAAGAAGGGCAAGGCUCUCCCCAGCGUCCUGGGAGACGACCGCUUCAAGGUGAUGUUCGAGAACCCCGAGUACCAGGUGGACGAGCGGAGCGAAGAGUUCCGCCUCCUCAACCCCAUCGUCUCCAAGGUGGGACAGAAGAGGAAGAAGAAGCUGCGUCUGAUGGCUCAGCAGGCCGCCGACGCCCAACAGGCGGGUGAGGACGACGAGGAGCCCGAGGGUCGGGCCAGCUCCGAGGAGGAGAGCUCCGACGACGACGACAAGAGCUGGGUGGCGGAGGUGCGGGAGCAGCGGAGGUUGCUCUGGGAGGAGGGCCGGGACCGCCGGCGGCUGGAGAGGAAGGAAGCGGACCGUAACACUGUGCUGCAGAAGGAGCAAAACGGAGGAGAGGAAACAUCCAACACGGCCGAGAGCAAGAAGGCACGCCAGCCUCAGUAUUAUCAGAUCAAAGCCGGGGAGGAGUUCAGAAGCUUUAACGACAUGGCCCGCAAGCAGAAACUACAGAAGGCUUCUUUGGAGGACCGCCUGAAGUUAGAGGAGCACUCUGGAACGGGCACUAUGGCCGACACAGCAGUAGGCAGCAAGCAGCUGACCUUCAGUCUCAAAAAGUCAGAUCAGCAGAGGAAGCAGCAGCAGGCAGAGAGGGAUCACCACGAGGAGAGGAGGAAGCUGAGGCGCUCGGCCGGACACCUAAGCAGCGACCGCGGCAGAGGCUGGGGGGGUGGUAGAGAGAGAGAGGGAAAGAGGUAUGAAUGGGAGCAGUCGCACGCCCAGGUGAUUGUUAGAAAGCAUUCUGAUAGCUUAAAAGCCUGCCGCAUGUGA